CAGUGAGUAUUUUUGGGAAUGUAUACUGUGUUUUAUCGUGUUUAUAGUUUGUCUAGACGGCUUAACAAUGAAAACAAAAAAACGUGUAUCAAAGAGUGGUCGAAGAAAAAAGCAGGGUAGCAGAAAAGUUGCGAAGAAAGUUGUGGACGCGUGGACAGAAGAGCACCUCCAGGAAGCGCUUCAAGAGUUCGAUUCUAUGCUGAAUGCAUCAGUCAGAGGCAUAGCAAAACGUCAUGGUAUCAACGAAUCUACGCUGCGAUUUCGUUUAAAAAAAGGCCAGGAAGGAGCCAAAUUAGGAAAGUCUGGUCGGAAAUGUGUUUUCGAUGCAGAAACGGAGGCCCGGCUAGCUAAGUGCAUUGGUGUUGUAUGUAACCUUGGUUUUAGUCCUACGUUGGAUGAAAUUUUGGUAAGCUAAUAGCUGUUUUUGUAAGGGUUUAAAACUGAAUGUUGGAAAUUCUGUCACUAUUUAUAUUUGUAUCAUCAUUUAAUUUAUUAUUUAGGAUCUUGUUGCCGAAUACAUCAAAGGCACAGGGACGAUUUCACUCCAGUUUAAAAAUGGAAGGCCUGGUUUGGUGUGGAUAAAGAGCUUUAUGAAAAGAAACGGACUGAGUCACAAGAAGGCUGAGAUGAUUAGUACUGCCCGUAAAGCAAACACAUCCAAUCCAUUUAUAAUUUUUGAUUUCUACGAUCAAUUGGAACAGAUGUUCGAGAAAUACCCUAAUCUGGAUGCACAACGGAUCUGGAACUGUGACGAAAGUUCUUUCCCAACUGAUCCAUCAAAAGGGAAAGUUGUCUCUGUGAAGGGACAGCGUGCCCUUAAAUUACGGUAUGGCGCUGGGAGAGAAAACAUCACUGUACUCGGUGUUUGUAAUGCAGCUGGAGUGGCACUUGACCCUCUUAUUAUAAUCACUGGAAAAAAUAUGCAAAGUACGUGGUACGGGGACAAGGCUCUACCCAACACGUUUUACGCCAAGUCUGAAAACGGUUGGAUGGACACGGAAGUUUUUUCCACGUGGUUCGCCAAAUUCACUGAGGACGUAACAGAAAGACCAUUGUUACUGGUGUUUGAUGGGCACCUUACCCAUAUCAGCAUAUCUGUCAUUAAAAAAGCAUUGGAAGACGAUAUAAUUAUAAUGAAAUUCCCUCCACAUGUUACGGAUGUCAUGCAACCCCUAGAUGUUGCAUGUUUUGGACCCUUAAAACGUGCUUGAGAGAAGCGCCUCCAUUUACGCGUGACAACACAUGGUGCUAAAAGCCAAUUGACAAAGUCUGAGUUUGUCAAUGAACUCUGUUCCAUUUGGAAAGAUGGCAUGAAAAAAGAAAGCGUUAUCAAUGGAUUUAGGAGUACUGGAAUAUGGCCAAUUGACAAAACCAUGUAUCCAAAGGAACGCUUGGACCCAAGAUUGUUAGCGAAAUAUUAUACGUGGAAACAAAGUGGUAAAGCUCUUGACUGGUCUAAAUUGUCAGACGGGUACGUUAUUUUCUUUUGUGACUGAUAAAAAUGGCUAAACCUGUUGAAUAAUCAUCUUAACUGAACAUUUUUGUACUUUCGGACAA